GCUUCCUCCUGCGCCGCAGCCCGACGCAGCAGAUGGUUCCCGGAGCCGAGCAGGCGCCUCGACGCGUCCUCUGACGGUACCGUAAGUCCUCAUGAGAGCUUAUUUCCAGAGAUGAAGCCGAGGCUGCACACCUCCGUUACUUGGAAACCUUCAGACGUUUCUGCGGAAAGUUUUUCUCCUCGGAUGGAAGAAGUUUUGAGACAAAGCGGCUGCCACGGGGCUGAUUUCUCCUCCAGUCUGUGAAAAUGGAGGGAACCCGGACCUGAGCGCCACGAUGUCUUGGGGGGAGUUCAUCGAGCUCCGUGACCUGAGGUCCAGCAGAGAGCAGAUAGAGCUGACCGGCUCACGCUCGCCGUGCUCGCCUCCUCGCCUGGAGAGGACCAACGCCCUGAGGAUCAGCCCGGGCAAGGUCCCGGACCUGCUGAGCCGGGUGGGCAUCAUCAGAGUCCUGAGCAGCAGCCAGGACCCCCAGCUCCCCGAGGAGAAGGGCGAGGGACACAACUUCCAGCCCUGCAGCCACGCUCAGCCCACGUGGUGCGACCUGUGUGGAGACUUCAUCUGGGGCCUCUACAAGCAGAGCCUGCGAUUGUAGGUUCACAUGCCACUACCGCUGCCGGGCCCUGAUUCGGCUGGACUGCAGCUGGGAACGGAGCUCUGCGGCUGACCACGCGUGUGUUGUCGAGCACACCAUAGAAACAGACACAAAUGUGUCGUGAAGCCUGAACCCGUAGUCAGCAUGUCAGACUCGGCCAGCAGCUCGGACAAGACCCCGUCCUUCGAGAUGACCUGGGGCAGCUCCACCAGCAGCGGCUACUGCAGCGACUCGGACUCGGACACCGAGUUCGAGCAGUACUUCACCGCCCGGACGUCUUUCUUCCCCAAAACCCGGAAAACUCCCGCGACAGCUAGCGUGAAGAAGGAUGAACAAGUUGAAUCGGGCAAGCAGGAGCUGACGGCUGCAGACGUUCAGCAGAAGGUGAAGGAGUACAACGCUCAGAUCAACAGCAACCUGUUCAUGAACAUGAACAAGGAUGGGUCCUACACUGGCUUCAUCAAGGUGCAGUUCAAGUUGGCCCGACCCGUGUCGGUUCCAGCCCCAAAGAAAGGAGGCCACGACGCUGGAGGGAGGAGGGCCAGUGGAGUGAAGCGUCGCACCUCCUUCUACCUGCCAAAGGACGCGUCCAAGCAUUUGCACAUAAGUUCACGCACUUCUGCUCGUGAGGUCAUCGAGGCUUUGCUGAAAAAGUUUACUGUUGUGGACAAUCCUGGAAAGUUCGCUCUGUUUGAGCGCAGCGAGCGUCAUGAACAAGUUUAUGUUCGUAAGCUGUCCGAUGACGAGCGUCCCCUCCGCCUGCGUCUGAAUGCUGGGCCCAACGAGAAAGUCCUCAGUUUUGUGCUCAAAGAGAACGAAACCGGUGAAGUCAAUUGGCACGCCUUCUCCAUGCCCGAGCUGAAGAACUUCCUGCGCAUCCUGCAGCGUGAGGAAGAGGAGCACGUCAAGCAGAUCGUGCAACGAUACGCUCUGGCUCGCACUAAGAUGCGCGAGGCUCUGGCCGGCUCGACCCCCGGCUGAGACCGCUCUGCGCUCGGGGUUCGACGUGCACCUCUUGGCUGGACAAUCGAGCGAAGAUGACCGGCCAUCGCUGCAUCCAAAGAUCCCAGAGAAUGCAACUCAAAACGCCUCUUCGGUGACCGAGAGAGUGAGACAGGGCGCAAGACAAUGAGAGAGAGCUAGCGCGAAUGUGCGUGUGAAGUGAUGCGAGAGAAGUGCCUUACACCUGGAGAGUCUGAUGUGCCUGAGAGAAUGAGUUGAGAGACGCAGAGACUGGCAGACGAGACAUAUCCAGUAAUGUCUUUAGCUAUCGGGUUCCAUCUGAUUAUCCUGUACCUCAGCUGUGCCACUUGAGUGAUGAUUUUGGCCUUUUUAAGAUAUUAAAACACCCAGUUUAACACCAGUAGAACCAGUGCUGGAGUCGGUGCUGUUGUUAUCGUCACAUUCCUGAUAUUUUACUAUCAAAACAAAACGAGUUAUUAAUGCUUUACAGCUUGUUACAGUCAAUCUGACCUUCAAAAACCCUAUUUUUACCUUAUUUUACACGGUUACCCUGUUAUAAAGUCACCAUCUACGGUACUUGUUGCUGGAAGGUUCUUGGGUUUUCAUUUGGCCCGGGCUCAGCGGUCUGCCACGUCCUCUCCGUACACCCCCGACGGGUGCAACUCUAUGUCAAUGUCAGUUUGUGAGUAUGACUGAUGUAUGGACAUUUGUAUGCCACUAUGAAUGUCAGAGAGAGCAGUGUCCAAGUCAAUCUGCUUGGCUGGAAUCCUGAAUGAAUCUUGCUAUACGUGUGUUUCACUGUCAUUCCUUAUAUCUGUUUUAAACCAAAAGUCUGUCUUCUGUUUUUCACCUUCACUGUACCAGUCUAUGCACACAUUUACAUGUUGAAGAAUGUCUGACAAAUGUGCACUGCGUUUAGUAAAGAGUUUCCCAAAGCUA